AUGAUGUGCUUAAAGGUCCUGAUCAUAAGCCUGGUGAUGCUGGCCGGGUGGGCAUUCAGUUCUGCCAACUCUGAGUUGGGCUGGACACGCAAGAAAUCCUUGGCUCAGAGGGGACACCUGAACCAGGUGCUGUUGGAAGGAGAACGCUGUUGGCUGGGGGCCAAGGUUCAAAGACCCAGAGCUGCUCCCCAGCAUCACCUCUUUGGGAUCUACCCCAGCAGGCCUGGGAAUUACCUGAGGCCCUACCGUGUGGGGGUGUGGGGGACCCGUCAUGUGGGACACAGUAAGCCAGACACCGACGGAAAGGCUGUGAGCCUUGUUCCCCAAGACGUGAUUGAACAUACAGCAGGAACAAGGAGUGAGGUUGAGCGGACAGCUGCCCCACGGGUAGAGGAUGGUCCUAUUGGGCAAUCGGAGCUGCUGGGAGAGGAUGACACUUAUCUUGGCAACAGAGGAUCCAAGGAGUCUCUAGGUGAGGCUGGGACUUGGGAAAGCUCAGCUACCGCUGCCACCACUACCACUGCCUUCGCACGCCCAGAGGAACCCAAACCAGAGACCCAAAGGAAGGGCUGGGCCAAGUCCUGGCAUCAUCGCCAAGUGGUGAAGAGGCAGGCAGAAGAUGCAUGGGGAGACCCUGAUAUCUCUCCUCUGCAUUUCCAUCCCUGGCCUAAGCAUCCCCUUAAGCACGGGGUCAGAAACAGGCCAUUGGAGGACAGUACUCCAAAUGGUGGAGAGGACCCCCACUGGGAAGCGGGGACCUUUAGCCCCCAAGAAGGACUGCCUAUUUUGUACUUCUCCGGGAGGCGGGAGCGGCUGCUGCUGCAUCCAGAAGUGUUGGCUGAGACUCCCCGGGAGGCGUUCACAGUGGAAGCCUGGGUUAAGCCGGAGGGAGGACAGAAUAACCCAGCCAUCAUCGCAGGUGUGUUUGAUAACUGCUCCCACACUGUCAGUGACAAGGGCUGGGCCCUGGGGAUCCGCUCGGGAAAGGACAAGGGAAGGCGAGACGCUCGCUUCUUUUUCUCCCUCCGCACCGACCGCGUGAAGAAAGCCACCACUGUCACUGGCCACAGUCGCUACCAACCGGGCACAUGGACACACGUGGCAGCCACUUACGACGGACAGCGCAUGGCCCUGUAUGUGGAUGGCACACGGGUGGCCAGUAGCGCAGACCAGUCUGGUCCCCUGAACAGCCCCUUCAUGGCGUCUUGUCGCUCUUUGCUUCUAGGGGGCGACGGCUCUGAGGAUGGGCACUAUUUCCGUGGACACUUGGGCACACUGGUCUUCUGGUCAACCGCCCUCUCCCAAAGCCACCUCCAGCACAGUCCUCAGCAUCCAGGUGGGGGGGAGGAGUUGACCCGCUUGAUCCUGACAGCCGGUUUUGAGCCCCUGAGAGAACAGUGGGCCCCCUUUAGAGAUGGCAAGUACCCACGGCUUGAGGUUCUCAAGGGCUUUGAGGCAGAGCCUGAGAUUCUGUCACCUUUGCGGCCCCCUCUUUGUGGGCAAACGGCUUGUGACAACGUGGAACUCAUCUCCCAGUACAAUGGGCACUGGCCCCUUCGGGGAGAGAAGGUGAUCCGCUACCAGGUGGUGAACAUCUGUGACGAUGAGGGUCUGAACCCCAUGGUGAGGGAGGAGCAGAUCCGCCGGCAGCACGAGGCGCUGACCGAGGCCUUCGGCCGCUACAACAUCAGCUGGCAGCUGACUGUCCACGAGGUCCGCAACUCCACCCUGCGCUACCGGGUCGUGCUUGUGAACUGCGAGCCCAGCAAGAUUGGCAAUGACCACUGUGACCCCGAGUGUGAGCACCCGCUCACGGGCUACGACGGGGGCGACUGCCGCCUGCAGGGCCGCUGCUACUCCUGGAACCGCAGGGACGGGCUCUGUCACGUAGAGUGCAACAACAUGCUGAAUGACUUUGACGAUGGGGACUGCUGCGACCCUGACGUGGCUGAUGUGCGCAAGACCUGUUUCGACCCGGACUCGCCCAAGAGGGCAUACAUGAGUGUGAAGGAGUUGAAGGACGCCCUGCAGCUCAACGGUACUCACUUCCUCAAUGUCUACUUUGCCAGCUCAGUGCGGGAAGACCUUGCAGGUGCUGCCACCUGGCCUUGGGACAAGGAAGCCAUCAGUCACCUGGGUGGUGUUGUCCUCAACCCAGCCUACUAUGGCAUGCCUGGCCACACCAACAUCAUGAUCCAUGAAGUGGGGCAUGUCCUGGGACUCUACCAUGUCUUCAAAGGUGUCAGUGAAAGAGAAUCAUGUGAUGACCCCUGCAGGGAGACGGUGCCGUCCAUGGAAACGGGAGACCUCUGUGCCGACACUGCCCCCACUCCCAAGAGUAAGCUGUGCCAGGACCCAGAGCCUACCAAUGACACCUGCGGCUUCACCUCCUUCCCUGGGGCUCCAUUCAACAACUACAUGAGCUACACAGACGAUGACUGCACUGACAGCUUCAGCCCUAACCAAGUGGCCCGAAUGCAUUGCUAUUUGGACCUUGUGUAUCAGCAAUGGAGUCAAAGCAGGAAGCCCGCCCCCAUCCCCCUCCCACCCGUGGUUGUCGGGCAGACCCACAAGUCCCUCACCAUCCACUGGCUGCCUCCAAUCAGUGGAGUUGUGUAUGACAGGGUCCCGGGCAGUGUGUGUGGAGACUGCACUGAAGAUGGGACAUUCCGUCAGUAUGUGCACACGGCUUCCUCCCGGCGGGUGUGUGACUCCUCAGGUUACUGGACACCAGAAGAGGCUGUGGGGCCUCCCGACGUGGAUCGGCCCUGCGAGCCCAGCUUGCAGGCCUGGAGUCCCGAGCUGCACCUGCACCACAUGAACAUGACGGUCCCCUGCCCCGCGGAAGGCUGUAGCCUGGAGCUGCUCUUCCGCCACCCGGUCCUGGCCGACACCCUCACCCUAUGGAUCACUUACCUCGCCAUGGACUCCCCCCGGGCUCUCUUUGACACGGAGAUCUUGCUGGAACACCAGGAGUCUGUGCACCUGGGCCCCUUAGACACUUUCUGUGACACCCCACUCACUGUCAAACUACACGUGGAUGGGAAGGUCACAGGGGUGAAAGUCUACACCUUCGACGAGCGGAUGGAGAUUGACGCGGCGCUGCUGACGUCGCAGCCCCACAGUCCCUUGUGCUCUGGCUGCAGGCCCGUGAGGUACCGGGUGCUCCGCGAGCCCCCGUUCGCCAGUGGCUCGCCCGCGGUGGUGACACACCCGCACCGGAAGUUCACGGACGUGGAGGUCACGCCUGGGCAGAUGUAUCGGUACCAAGUUCAAGCUGAAGCUGGAGCAGAACUGGGUGAAGCUUCACCUCCUCUGAACCACGUCCACGGAGCUCCCUACUGUGGAGAUGGGAAGGUGGCAGGGAGCCUGGGAGAAGAGUGUGAUGAUGGAGACCUUUUGAGUGGAGAUGGCUGCUCAAGAGCGUGUGAACUAGAAGAAGGGUUCAACUGUGUGGGGGAGCCAAGCCUUUGCUACCUGUUCGAGGGAGAUGGGAUGUGUGAGCCUUUUGAGAAGGAAACCAGCACCAUAGACUGUGGUCUCUAUACUCCCAAAGGAUACUUGGAUCUGUGGGCUACCCAAGCUUACUCCUCCCAUGAAGACAAGAAGAUGUGUCCUGUUUCCUUGGUAACUGGAGAACCUCAUUCUAUGAUUUGCACAUCAUACCAUCCAGAUUUACCCAAGCCCCGUCCCCUGACUGGCUGGUUUCCCUGUGUCAUCAGUGGAAAUAAACCUCAGGAUGAAGGGAGUGAGCAGCGAGAAGGUAGCCUGGAGAAAGAGAAGGAGGUUUGGCUCGAAGUGUGUUUCAAUAGACCAGGAGUGGCUGCAGCAAUUUUCAUUUUCUUGACUUCUGAUGGUAUGGACCCUGCGGAGCACCAGCAGUCAACGGUGACCCUUUACCUAACUGAUGUCAGUGGAAGCAACCACUCUCUUGGAACCUAUGAACUAUCAUGCCAGCAUAACCCACUGGUUGUCAAUGUGACCCAUCACCCACAUGUCCUCUUUCACCAUACCACCUCAGUGCUGCUGAAUUUCUCAUCCCCACUGGUGGGCAUCUCAGCCGUGGCUCUAAGGACAUCCUCCCACAUCAGUCCUUCAGCUUCCAAUAACUGCAUCCCAGAGCACAAGGGGCAAAGUCAUCAGAGACAGAGCUGUGUCCACCGGCCCUGUGGGGAGCAGGACAGCUGUGUGCCAUUGCUGCUCGAUCACGCCAAUGUGGCAAACUGUACCUCCAGUGGCCCAGGUCACAUGAAGUGUGCUAUCACCUGUCAAAGGGGGUUUGCGCUACAGACCAGCAGUGGACAGUACCUCAGGCCCAUGCAGAAGGAAAUUCUUCUCACAUGUUCCUCUGGGCACUGGGACCGGGACGUGAGCUGCAUGCCCAUUGACUGUGGCGUUCCCGAUCCGUCUUUGGUGAACUAUGCAACCUUCUCCUGCUCAGAGGGAACUGACUUUCUGAAACGCUGCUCAAUCUCUUGUGUCCCACCAGCCAAGCUGCAAGGACUGAGCCCGUGGCUGACCUGUCUUGAAGAUGGGCUCUGGUCUCUCCCCGAAGUCUACUGCAAGCUGGAGUGUGAUGCGCCCCCUGUUAUUCCCAAUGCCAACUUGCUCCUGCCUCACUGCCUCCAGGGCAACCACGACGUGGGCACCAUCUGCAGAUAUGAAUGCAAACCCGGCUACUACGUGGAAAGUGCUGGAAGUAAAGUCAGGAACAAGUUCCUGAAGAUACAGUGCCUGGAAGGUGGAAUCUGGGAGCAAGGCAGCUGCAUCCCUGUGGAGUGUGAGCCCCCUUCUCCUGUUUUUGAAGGCAUGUAUGAAUGUACUGAUGGCUUCAAGCUGGACAGCCAGUGUGUGCUCAACUGUAACCAGGAAAGUGGAAAGCUUCCCAUCCUCUGCACUAAAGAAGGGCUGUGGACCCAGCAGUUCAAGUUGUGUGAGAACGUGCAAGGGGAAUGCCCACCACCCCCCUCGGAGCUGAAUUUUGUAGAGUUCAAGUGUGAACAAGGAUACGGGAUUGGUGCGGUGUGUUUCCCAUCGUGUGUCAUUCCCCCUAGUGAUCCUGUGAUGCUGCCUGAAAACAUCACUGUGGACACUCUGGAACACUGGAUGGAACCUGUCAAAGUCCAGAGCAUCGUGUGCACUGGCAGGCGUCAAUGGCACCCAGACCCUGUCCUGAUCCACUGCAUCCAGUCGUGUGAGCCUUUUCAAGCAGAUGGUUGGUGUGAUACUAUCAACAACCGGGCCUACUGCCACUAUGAUGGGGGAGACUGCUGCUCUUCCACACUCUCCUCCAAGAAGGUCAUUCCAUUUGCUGCUGACUGUGACCUGGAUGAAUGCACCUGCCGAGACCCCAAGGCAGAAGAAAAUCAGUAA